ACUAUUCUUUCUUCAAGAUUUCAAAAAAGAAUGACGGGGAUUGACGGCGUUACUUCUUUUUUCAUUUCAGUUGAUUAAGAAAACUUGAUCUUUGUAAAAGUUUUGAUUUUGAUGGAACCGAUGGAAGCAUCGUCUCCGACGGCGCCGAAGAAUGGGUUUCCGGCGAAGAGGUUGGCGAGGCAGUUAGAUUUUACUGCAACACCAGCAAUGUGUAGACCGUUGGCGGCAAAUGUGAUAUUGCCGGAGCAUCCACAGGCGCAAUUACAGUCCAAGUUGCUUGCUCUGGCUAAGCCUGCGCCACCCGCGAUACUUGUUUCACAGCCGCAGGAGGUGUCCGGAGAGAAAUCGCCUCCGUCCCGGGCCAUGCAACAGCGGCUGAAGCCGACGGUGCCGGUGGUAAUGCGUCUAGCUCAUACGGUUCGUCGGCCUACUUCGCAGGAAGUAAACAAAUAUGGGUCUCCAAAGUUGCCAGACCAGCGUAGCAUUGAGCUGAGAGAUGCUACUCCAAAGAAGAAGAAGCAAUGUAAUUGCAAAAACUCAAGAUGCUUGAAGUUGUACUGUGAAUGCUUUGCCUCUGGAACAUAUUGCAAUGGUUGCAACUGCACAAAAUGUCAUAAUACGUCAGAGCAUGAGGCUCAAAGGAAGGAGGCAAUUGAAAUAAUCCUAGAGAGAAAUCCAGAUGCAUUCCAACCAAAGAUUGCUAAAAGCCCAGUAGGAACCACAGAUGGUAGUGUAGAGGCAUAUGAUGUCACAAUCAUGGGUAAACACAACAAAGGAUGCAAUUGCAAGAAGUCUGGGUGCCUCAAGAAAUAUUGCGAGUGUUUCCAGGCUAAUGUUCUGUGCUCAGAAAACUGCAAAUGCAUAGAUUGCAAGAAUUUUGAAGGGAGUAAGGAGAGAGAUUAUAUGUUUCAUGAAGGUCCCACAAAUGAUUUUAGAUUUGUCAAUCAGGCAAUAAAUGCAGCCAUUUGUGGAACUUCAAAAUUUUCUUAUUUUAACACUCUUCCUGCAACAAAGAAGAGGAAAACUGAGCAACUCAUAUGCAGAGCAACAUCUGUUGAUGCAGUAAAAGACAGACUUGAACAAAUUAGACAGGAAAAUGAUUUAGCACCCACCACAGCUUCUUUUUCCCCAUUGUCUGCUCCAUCUGCUCAACCUACUACUGCUAUGACUUCAGGGAUUUCACAAUUCACACACAGGCCUCUAUUAGCAGAAAUUCUCCAAUUCGAACAUUUGAAGGAGCUAUGUUCUCUUCUGGUUGUAGUUUCAGCUGAAGCCGCAAAAAAAAUUUCAGGAAAGAAACAUGUGAUAAAUAAAGGUGACAUAGAAGAGGUUGAAACUUCCAUUUCUUCAGCAAUUCAAGGAAGUAAAGAUGUUCAUGCUCAAUAUCGUAAUGAGAGCUUCAACACUAGUCAAGUAGAGGGGAAUCUGGCUUAUGGAUGCCAAUCAGGUGAAGGUGAUCGAGAAACUGGAAGCGCAGCCUCUCCUGAGACACUUCCAUUAAUGUCUAAUGAUAGAGAUGUUGCAACCGAAGGAGCUGACUCUCCAACUGGAGCUUCCAACCCAAAAAGAAGUACAACAAUUAAGUCUCCGGACAGAGAUGUAUUUAAGGAGAUAGAUGCAGAACAAGAAAGGCUCGUCCUGACAAAUUUUUGUGGUUUCCUUAACAAACUUAUAACAUGCACUAUCAUAAGAGAAACUUCAUAUUUGUCGUUGUCGAGAAAUGGAUUGGAAAGCCAGCUGGGAGUAGUGCAAAAUUGCAAUUCAAAACCCACAAUUCAAACAAGAAAAUCAGUUUGAUGCUGACAAUAGGUGAUGACAAACUGGUUUGGAAUGGCUAACGAUUGUUUGCUUUGGAAACUUCCUUCGGUGGCUUGGUGCAAAGAGGUAUAUUCCUUGAGCAAGUGAAAGCUCCCUGCCUGGAAGUAGGAUUGAGUUGUCAAAAAUGAUUUUUGACAUUAUAUUGCACGUCUAUCUUUACUCCACAUUUAAUGGCUGAAAUGGUUUUGUUGCGAUGAGAUUAUCUAUGGUUCGAUAGUUAGAAUAGUUAUUAAUCAGGUAAUUGUUGAUAGCAGGCACUGUACUCCUCUUUACCACCAAUUUAGAGUCUGGGGUGCAAUUUUUGCUGCAUUGCAGUAUAUAAUGUAAUUCAGGGCUUUGAAGAAGAGUGAGCUGUUAAACUAGCAUGCUUAUGUUAGCAGAGAUGUGGCUUUAUCAUAACACUAGUCGCCUUAUUUGGAUUGUUAUCCAAAAAUUUCUACGUUUUUUAUGAAUACAUUUUUCA